CGGUCGGCCCCAGUCGGCCCGACAGUCCGCGUACGAGGGAUGCCGAGGGAUACUGGCCGACGCCGCCAGCGCGAUUCCGAAGGAUGAACGACGCUUUGUCCGAAUGAACCACGAAAGCGUGGCUAGUCGACUGAUUGGACUCGAAAAGAGCACGUCGUUUCGAUUUGGAGGAAAUCAGAAUACAAAAAGAUGAGUACCCUUCUAAUCUGGGUUUUAAUCUUGAAUGGAGUGAAAUCCGAAUUGGAACAUAGUUUCGGACAAAAUACGAACAGUGAAAACAAGACAUGGAAAGAAGCAGAAUUAACACAUAGAAGAAGAAUAAAGGACCCUAGUUACCUGCUGGACAGGUUUACCAUGGGAGAAUUACCUACAGAUUCGGUUGACUGCCGCAGACCUGCCAAGUGCAUUCAGAUGCAUCAUAAUUCAUGUAUGGGCACUCAAUUGCCUUAUACAACUACUACCUUAGAUCUGAUUCCUGAGGCUAUGACACAAGAACAAGUAAAGGAAAAAUUACACUUGUUGCAAGGAUUAAGACACAUUCCAAAAUGUUGGGCCGUCGUACAGCCAUUACUAUGCUCUCUUUUUAUGCCAAAAUGCAUGAACGAUACGGUGGAGUUGCCAUCUCAAGAGAUGUGUAAAUUGGUCCUGGGACCUUGUCGUAUUCUGUUUAAUCACACAUUAUGGCCAAACUUCAUUAAGUGUGAAAAUUCUAAGCUUUUUCCACGGCUGUGCAAGAACGAUAUUAGAGAAAUUAAAUUUAAUACUACUGGAAAGUGCUUGAAACCGUUAGUUCCAACAGACAAUGCUCUCUCAAUUUUUGAAGGUGUCGAAGGUUGUGGAACACAAUGUAGUGACCCACUUUUCACUUUAGACGAGCAGAAACAGAUACAUUCAUUCAUAGCAUGGGCUGCAGUCAUAUGCGGUCUUUUUAACUUAUUUACUGUGGUCACCUUUUUAAUAGAUUGGCGAAGUGCCAAUAAAUACCCAGCACUAGUCAUUUUUUAUAUAAACUGCUGUUUUGUAGUAUCUUGUGUGGGCUGGAUGGUACAAUUUAGUCCUGGAAGUCGAGAAGUAAUAGUUUGUCGUAAGGAUGGAACAUUGAAAAUGAGUGAACCGAGUGGUGAGAACCUUUCAUGUGUAGUGGUAUUUAUAUUGGUCUACUACUCUUUGAUGGCUGCUAUGGUUUGGUUUGUUAUUUUAACAUACGCGUGGCACAUGAGUUUCCAAGCGCUAGGCAAAAUACAGGACCGAAUUGAUAAAAAGGGUGCCUAUUUCCACCUUAUUGCUUGGUGUUUGCCAUUGGUUUUGACCGUAACUAUUAUGGCAUUAGGUGAAAUAGAUGGAAAUAGUGUAACUGGAAUAUGUUUUGUGGGUUAUACGAACCACGUAGUGAGAGCUUGGUUUUUACUGGGACCUGUGUCAGCAUUUGUUGUGGUCGGAGGUUAUUUUUUAUCAAGAGGAUUAAUAACAUUAAUUCGACUUAAGAUAAGCAGUCAGGAAAUUAUAUCAGAGAGAGCAAGUUCAAAGAUACGAGAAACCAUUGUCAGAAUGGGAUUAUUCUCCAUAUUCGCUUUUGCUGCGGUUGUGAUAACAUUUUAUUGUCAUAUAUAUGAGUUUCAACAUUCCUGGGAAUGGAAACAGAGUUUCAGAAAUUAUAUGAUCUGUUCUAUUACGACAAAAUAUGCAGACGAUUCGGAAUGCAAAAUGGAAUGGAGACCCAGUGUAGCUAAAUUGCAGUUGCAUUUAUUGUCCCCAUUUUUUGCUGGUAUCUUAAUGUCCUCUUGGGUUUGGACCGGCUCUACGGUAGAUACAUGGACCAGAUUUAUUCGACGGACCUUCAAUCGCGAAGCUGACGAACCGAUUAAAUUGAAAAAACACAAAGUUAUUGCUCAAGCAUUUGCCAAGAGAAAAACGUUCAACAAUGCUGGUCGUUUGUCUAUUAGCUUUUAUAAUACCCACGAGGAUCCAGUUGGUUUAAAUUUUGAUUUAAACUCAGCAGCAUCUCAGGAUUUUAGUUCAACUUGGGCUGCGGCAUUGCCAAAGUUAGUAACAAGAAGAGGAGCGCUUGUUGGAGGAACAACUGGUUCCGUGUCCAGUAAUCGAAGAAACUCUGUAGAUUCGGAAAUUAGUUUUAGCGUACGUCGAGUAUCAGUUGAGUCUAGAAGGAACUCCCUAGACUCACAAAUCUCGGUGCAAAUUGCUGAAUUGAAAACAACUAGAAAAGUGGCAUCUUCGACCCUUCCCGGUGGUUCUCGCAGAUGUAGACGCGGUAAACGAAGAAGAGAUUUCGGAAAAUCGAGGUCAGGAAAAGUAGGACCGCUCUUCCGUAGAGGAAGUACAACUUCACAAGAAAGUCAACUGGGAGCUCAGAUUCUUUCGGCAUUAACUAUUGGAGGGACCCCGAAUGUUCCUCCUUUGCAGGUACCGAAUAUGAAAAGACGAUCGGCCAGCGCAGGAUUAGAUGAAAAAGCAUUUAGUUCAAAGCUGUUGGAAGGAAAAAAUGCAGGAAUGUUGUUUCCGUUUUUAUUGCCCGGCCAGAGUGGAAGUGAAGACAACUUGAGUAGUGAAGAAAAAGAGAGAGGACACCACGAGAUAAAUAAAGAUGUUGACAUUGAAGCCGGUAACGGAGAAAAGGAUGACAGAGGUAGUGACAGUGAAGAUAGUCAACCUGAAGAAGAUACGAAAAUGUUAGAUGCCGAAGAGCCUCAGGAACGAAGUAAAAGUAAAAGUAGUAAUCGAAGUGGCAAAAGCUAUGGGCAGGACGACAGACGAAGCAGAGAAGGUCGAAGAAGCAAAUACCUGUUACAAGAGGAAGCUGUUUUAAAACAAUUACUUCAGGAAUCCAGUGAUAUUAAAGUGAAAAGCGAAUCGGAGAUAAAAGACGUUUUUAGAAAAGCAGGAAUAGGCGAUUUAGCAUCUAGUCUAACUUCUUAUUGCCCAGAGUUGUCUCGAAUCAUGCAUCUUGAUAGCCAGACAAGUGCUAGAGAAAUAGCUACGCAGACGUCCCUUCCACUAGAUAUUUUAGAAAUGGAGGAAUUAAAGCAAAGUAUCGAUGAAAUAAUCAACAGCAGAAAUUGUAGUUCGAAGGGAACGCAAAUUUCCCCACAACUAAAUAAAACCAACAAUCGAAAAGCAACCGAGGGAAAAACUGAUCUGUGCAGAAGUCCCUUAUCCGCAGCGAAAAUUUCUAGAGAAAAUCGACGGGAAGACCGGAAAAGUAACCAUAAAAAUGUAUAACAUACGAAUCUCCUUAGCACAUUAAGUGGUUAAGAAAAAACCGUUUCGGUUUAUUCAAUAUUCACAUUUUGGUUAGUUAAAUAUAAUGUACUGUAAUUAUAUUUUAUUUAUAACAUGUUAGUGAUUACGUAAUUUGUUUAUAAUCAGCUCAAAAAUAGGUACCGUGUAUUUUCAUUAUUUUUUAUAUUCUUUUAAAUUCUUGUACUUAAAAAUAGAAUAGCAUUUUUUCUAUUAUAUGUGUAUAUUACUGAAUUCAAUGUUUGUACAUUUAUUGUAUGCGGAUGUUUCAGAACGUGACACGAUAGCGAAGGUAUGCACGUAUCUAUCAGCUCGUUCUAUUGUUUGUUAAAGAUUUAACGAAGUAGAUAUACGUUAGAAUUUUGCCCAAAUAUUGUUAUAUUCUCAAAGAAAUUCUUGAAGGAAUUUUUAAUAUUUCGAAACUAUUAUUCAAGACUGAUGUACUCCAACAGGACUGUUAUGCUUAUUAUAAUUCAUGAAAAAUAUUUUCUCAGAAUAUUUUAUAUAAAAAAUAUUUUUUCUGAUAUGCAAGAACAUUGCAAUAAUUAUGAGAUUCUACAUUCGCGAAUGCCUAUAAUGAACGACUAGAUUUACUUAACUACAGCACUAGGAAAAAACUGGUUUUGUAAUUGUUAAAAUGAAACU